ACUCGGAUGGAGCAACAGUGUUAAAUGCGGCCCGCCCCUCCCCAAAGUAAACCCAGCUGAACCCGUUGAACCCACGCAGGAAACGCUUAUUUCCCUGACCAGCAGGGAGCGCUGUGACCGUACAGAAAAGAGGCCGCUCACACGGUGCGCGGAUGAUGAACCGUCACAGAACUCGCCAUGCCUUCUCCGGUGCCGGUGAGCCGCCUCCUGCCCGCCGACCUGUACCCGGCCGUGGACAUCGGCGCGUGCAGCAGCCCGCUGACUCAGCAGGCGCACGGCUCCACGCUCCAAGUCCCUGCUCAGCGGCUUCACGGCAGAGUCGCUGGCAGGCACUGGUCCUCCGUCAUCCUGUGGAAGGAGCUGCGCGCCCUGCAGCCCGUGGGCUCGGGCGGCUUCGGCACCGUGUACCGGGCCCGGUACCUGGGCGAGACCGUGGCCCUUAAGAAAGUCAAGAAGUGCGCGAAGAACCGGCUGGCGUCCCGGCAGAGCUUCUGGGCCGAGCUGAACGCCGCGCACCUGCGGCACGAGAACGUCGUGCGCGUUAUCGCCGCCACGACGUGCGUGCCGGCCGACUUCGGAGAUGACGACAGCAUCGGGACGAUCCUGAUGGAGUUCGUGGGGGACAGGACUCUGCAGCACAUCAUUUACGGCUCAUCGGAGCCGCUGCCCGCGCACAUGUGGCUGCGCUUCUCCACGGACGUCGCUCACGGUUUGCGAUUCUUGCACGCCAACCACAUCGUGCACCUGGACAUCAAACCGGCCAACGUGCUCGUGUCGAGCGAGCACUUGUGCAAAAUCGCCGACUUCGGCUGCUCCCUAAAACUGGACCCCGGCUGCGACGCUUCCGCGCUCAGCCCGCACCUGAGCCACGUGGGCGGCACGUACACGCACAGAGCGCCCGAGUUGCUGAAAGGCGAGCCGGUAUCCGCUAAAGCCGACAUCUUUUCCUUCGGUGUCACGCUGUGGCAGCUGGUGACCAGGGAGCAGCCCUACACCGGGGACCGGCAGCACGUGCUCUACGCCGUGGUGGCGCAACACCUGCGGCCGCCGCUGCGCCAACACGCGGUGUUCCGCACGGACCUGGGCCGCCUCCUGGGGACUGUGCUGACCCGGUGCUGGACCGGCGAAGCGGCCUGUCGACCCAGUGCCGAAGAGGUGCUGCUUCAGCUGGACGAGCUGCGCUCCCACGCGUGACUCUGCGUGAGAGCGAAUCAAAACUUCAAACCCUGCGCUUUCAACAAACUCAGCAAAGUGCCUUCAAGGUCUGUGCGUCAGCCAGGGGCGGGACCAGCCAUUAGUCUGAGGGCAGUGUCCCCGCUGUCCAAUAGAUGUCAAUGUCACACAGUGAGUCAGUUAUUUUGUCUGUUUUGAAACAGCAAAUCGUUUUAUGAAACAGUUGUUUAAUUUAGUAUUUUGGGGCAUUUUUUUUAACC